CUUUCACCAGCAACAACAGUCAGUCACCCACCUCGGUAGCUUGCUAGACAAAAUAGCCGAACCAAUAAAGCUCUUUAGACGCUUUAGUGUAUAUUAGCCACUGUGUUUUAAACCCACUUCUGUCGUCUAGAUAGUUAUCCGAUUUAAUUUCAUAUUUACGGUGUUGUUGUUAUUAUUCAGCUAGCGGGCUGGUUAAGUUAGCAUUAGCAUAGCUAGCGGGCUGGUUAAGUUAGCAUUAGCCUAGCUAACAUCCCCGACCAUGCGGUCACUAAGCUACUCCUCCGCUAAAGAAGAAAUGGAUAUCACGGUAAAACAAGAAGUAGAGGAAGAGGCCGAUACUGUGAAAGAAGAAAAAGACGCGUUCAGAGUGAAAGAGGAAGAGGAAGAGGAGGCUGUUACGGUAAAAGAAGAGGAGAAGAAAGAGGAAGAUGUUACAGUAAAAGGAGAGGCAGAUGCAGUUUAUGGCGUGGAGGAGGAGGAGAUGACGGUCACAUCGAAAAGGGAGGAGGAAGAAGAGAACGAAACUGGAUUUCUGGGCCCGGUUUCCCAAACGCAUCUUAAGGCAUCCAAUGGUUCUAACGAUGAAUUUAGCCAUAAGAUGGUUUUGAGAAACCGUCCCCUGAUUAACACUAGAGAGAGACGGGACUUUCGUGGAUCCUCUGUGGAGCCUCAACAACAUCAUGAU